AUGGCUUUUUAUCCCCUUCAGAUUGCUGGACUAGUUCUUGGAUUCUUCGGUUUGGUUGGGACGAUUGGGACAACACUUCUGCCUCAAUGGAGAGUGUCAGCUUUCAUUGGCAGCAACAUUAUUAUCUUUGAGAGGAUCUGGGAAGGGCUUUGGAUGAACUGUAUCCAGCAAGCUAUGGUCACGUUGCAGUGCAAAUUCUAUAACUCCAUAUUGGCUCUCCCUCCAGUACUGGAAGCAGCGCGUGCACUCAUGUGUGUGGCUGUGGCUCUUUCCUUGAUUGCUCUCAUUAUUGGCAUCUGCGGCAUGAAACAGAUCCAGUGCACCGGCUCCAGUGAGAGGGUCAAAGCCUAUUUGCUGGGAACCUCAGGAGUACUCUUUAUUCUGACUGGUAUCUUCGUUUUGAUUCCAGUGUCCUGGACUGCCAAUAUCAUCAUCAGAGAUUUCUACGACCCAACCAUCCAUGCAGGGCAGAAACGAGAACUUGGAGGAGCACUCUUCCUUGGCUGGGCGACAGCUGCUGUCCUCUUCAUUGGAGGUGGGCUGCUCUGUGGAUAUUGCUGCUGCAACAGAAAGGAACGGUGGCACAGACACCCAGGUCCUCCAUACCGCGUGCCACAAAAGAAUACCCAAAGGAACGUUACUGUGUCUAGAAAAACUUCCACCAGUUACGUCUAAGGCUUGCUUCCAACAUCAGCCCAUGGCUUAUGCUCAUGAGUUUUAUAAAGUCACCCCAGAAACUGUUCAAGCACUGGAAGAAUGGUUUCAGUUCCCUGUCCUGUUUAGUCAGUGUACAGGUCUAAACAUGCAAAAUGAAAUAAAGCCAAGGCACUUAUCCAGCUCUGAGAUGUGUGAUUCUACCAAGUUACUCAAGCUCUGAUGUGCUGCAUGCUCAAGCAAUGAAACCAAUCAAUUAUGGAAAGAAAUCUUCCAAACUGUGAUGCAAAUUAAAGCUGCACUCUCUUUGUAA